CGAGCGGCGGAGAUUCCGGACUCAGUCUCUGUGACGGUUUGGUACCAGAGGACUGGAGGAUUGCACAUGCUAUGCCCUUGUUCAAGAAGAGCAGUAGAGACGACCCAGCUAGCACCUUCCAUACCAGGCAACAUCCUCGUGAUAUUGUAUUGAAUGAUGAAACAGGCGGAAUGGCUGACUCCUGUUCCUAUGUUGCUAAAGGUCUUAUUGCUAAUGGACAUUGUGGAGUGGGGCCGGGAAAUGGCUGAGGAUGGAAUCUGAACCCUCUCAGAAUAAACCGUUGGCCAAUCUGUCGAUGGACUGGCGGAAACGAGUCAAGUCUGAAUACAUGCGCCUGCGACAACUCAAACGCUUCCGGAGGGCAGAUGAAGUGAAGGAAAUGUUUGUCUGUAACCGCAACAAGAUCAGGAGCCGAACUGAAAUUCUCAAUGAAGACUGGAAGAAGCUGAGAAUUCAGCCAAUAGCUGUCAGCACCAUGCGAACUACGAGCUGUGGCAAAUGGAAGUGUACAGUCGAGAGUUUAUUCCUAAGCUUCAAGAGUCAGGCAGUCAUGCAGAAGAUGCUGAGUCCGGUGGCCAUGAGUCCAGUGAUGUAUUCCUGGUCUCCUCUCCAGCAGAAUUUCAUGGUAGAGGAUGAGACUGUCUUGCACAAUAUCCCAUAUAUGGGAGAUGAGGUCCUUGAGCAGGAUGGCGUUUUUAUUGAGGAACUGAUCAAUAAUUACGAUGGGAAGGUGCAUGGAGACAGAGAGUGUGAUUUUAUCAGUGAUGAGAUCUUUACUGCACUCGUUCGUGGUCUCAUUCGGGAGUCAGAUGAUGAAGUUAAACCAACAACUCCCUCUCGCACCAACAGCCGACAGAAUAUGAAACGAGGACAGGAUGAGUUGCAGUGCAGCGAUCAAAAUGCUGAGGAUGGGACUGAGGGGAGGUCUAACAGAAGGCUUCCACCAGACAAGAUCUUCAAAGCCAUCGCCAUGAUGUUUCCAGAUCGGGGCUCAUCGAAGGAGCUAAGAGAGAAGUACUGGGAGCUGACGAAACUCUGUGAUCCCUCAGCAGUCCCUGCAGAGUGCACUCCAAACAUUGAUGGACCUAAUGCUAAAUCAGUGCAGCGUAAUCAGUCCCUGCAUUCCUUCCACACCCUUUUCUGCAGACGAUGCUUCAAGUAUGACUGCUUCCUGCACCCUUUUCAUGCGACACCAAAUAUGUACAAAAGGAAAAAUAAAGAGAUAAGGGUGGAAACAACACCGUGUGGGAAGGACUGCUUCAUGUUUCUGGAUGGAGCCAAGGAGUUUUCUGCCUCUCUCUCCACUGUUCAAAAUAAAACUCGGACAAAACGGAGCACGGGGCGGCGCAGAAAACAUCACCAUGGUAACUGGAACCAGCCCAAUGUGCCCCCAGUCACAAUCAGUGAGAUGAAAGAUGGCGACAGUGACCGGGAAUGCAGUGGUGAAAACUGCCAGAGCUUCUCAGAUUUAUCGGAAGGAAGCUCCCGAAGUCAAACACCAGUCAAACUGAAACCAAUGCCUGGACCAGAUGAUGCCUCUGAGACCCCUAGUCCAAGCAAGACCCCCAGGAUAACUGAGAUCCCUGGGCCAAUUGAGACCCUCAGGACGAGCGAGAUCUCUGGGAUGAUUGAGAUUCCCGGGAUGAGCGAGAUUCCUGAGAGGAGUGAAACCCUCAGGGUGAACGAGAUUCCCGGGAUGAGCGAGAGCCCUGAGAUGAGCGAGACUCCCAGGACAAGUGAGAUUCUGGGGAUGAGUGAGAGCCCUGAAUUGGAUGUACACAGUGCAAUACCACAGGCUGUAGCUUGGGACAGUGCUGAGGAAUCGUUGUUCCGUGUGUUACAUGGAACCUAUUUCAACAAUUUCUGUGCAAUUGCCAGACUGAUAAAAACCAAAACCUGCACUCAGGUGUAUGAGUUCGCAGUGAAGGAAUCUUCCAUCAUUCACAAACUGCCCACCGACCAUCACAUUCUGUCCCCACCAAAGAAAAAAAGAAAGCACAGAUUGUGGGCAGCACAUUGCAGGAGGAUGCAGCUGAAGAAAGGCCAGUGUCACAAACUGACUCUAAUAAUUCAAUCACCUCUGACCCUGUGCCCAGUGUGGGUGACCUCUGAUCCCAUGCCCCUGUACAAUUCAUCCAAUCAGGUUUACAAUUACCAGCCAUGUGACCACCCUGAGCGGCCCUGUGAUGUCACAUGUCCCUGUGUCACGGCCCAGAACUUCUGUGAGAAAUUCUGUCAGUGCAACCCUGAGUGUCAGAAUCGUUUUCCUGGCUGUCGCUGUAAGACCCAGUGUAACACCAAGCAGUGUCCAUGUUACCUGGCAGUGCGUGAGUGUGACCCUGAUCUGUGCCAGACAUGUGGGGCAGCCGAACACUGGGGCAGCAAAAACGUCUCGUGCAAGAACUGCAGCAUCCAGCGCGGCCUCAAGAAGCACCUACUCAUUGCUCCAUCAGACGUUGCGGGAUGGGGAACCUUCAUUAAGGAAUCCGUCCAGAAGAAUGAGUUCAUCUCAGAAUAUUGUGGAGAGAUAAUUUCUCAGGAUGAAGCAGAUCGUCGUGGGAAAGUCUAUGAUAAAUACAUGUCCAGUUUUCUCUUCAAUCUAAACAAUGAUUUUGUUGUUGAUGCAACUCGCAAAGGAAACAAAAUCCGUUUUGCAAAUCACUCUGUCAAUCCCAACUGCUAUGCAAAAGUUGUCAUGGUGAAUGGCGAUCACCGAAUUGGAAUAUUUGCAAAAAGAAUGAUCCACACUGGCGAGGAAUUAUUCUUCGAUUACAGAUACAGUCAGGCUGAUGCACUGAAGUACGUGGGAAUUGAACGGAAGAUGGAAACGCUGUGAUCCCAUUGUUACUUCAUGUUAAGUUUUUGUUUGAUUGUGAGUUAGACUGUGCAGCAAAUCCACAGCCACCUUUCCUGAACACCUGAUGUGAAUUUGACCAACGUGACUUUGUCAGAUAUAGGAAAAAGCAUAUUUUGCAUUGCUGUGUGUUGUCAGCACACCUUGACCUGCUUUUGCUGCAGAUAACCACACUUACCCCUCCCCCAGCUUCACCUGCUGGACCCCCUUCCUAUUACUGAGAACUUACUCUCCAGUUCAGCUUGAUCAGGGGUCAGAAUUUAAUAGCUGUCAAAGGCAACUCCAUUGAAGAUUCAGAAUCUGAUCUUGUGGGACCUGCCCAGGGAUACAAUCCAAAAUUGACAGACAACGGAGAAUCAGGCAUUUGUCAUAACUUCUUAUUCUGGACGCAUUGAGUUGGGUUCCUAAUGUCAGGAAGUGUCUAGAAAUUAGUUGGAAACAGUGAGCUGUAUAUUGAAUUCAGACUGUGGAAACCAUGAUUGCUGUGCUAAAUGUUUCUGCCACUGAAACUAACAGCCAAAUGAUGUUGGGACAGAAAGAGAGAGAAAGUUAAAGUUUAGAAAAACAAAGAAUGAUAUGUCUUACGCUGAACGUACUUGCUACGGCAGAAGCUACAUUAUAAGCUUAGCUUGUGAAAGAUCCCACUGCCUUGGGUUUGCAAACCCUGUUUAGUUCUCAUCUAUGAUAUCUGUAUCCACUGUUACCAAGGGACAAUCUUAGAUCAGCAAUUAGUUAGUUGUCCUAAUGUAACAGAGCUUGUCUGAAGCAGUCUGUUCUCUGCUGGAGCGAUGGUUUGACAAGGGUGGAAAAUUGAUUUGAUUUCAGGCGAACUGACUUUGCAGUUUCUGAUUUUCUGGCAACAGUUGGGUUCUUGGAGUGAAAUCUGAAGCAGAAUCCUUUAAAUAACACUUGAAAUAAAAAUGACAAAAUUAUUCUCUUUCUUGUGUAUUUAACUCUCACAACUGUUUAGUACAAGCCACAUAUAUUCAAAACAGUUUCAUUAUUUUGGGCUUGUGUUGUAGCAAACUUUGUUUUAACUGGCACCUUAUGAACCAGCACUUUUGAUAAUCUGGCAAAAAUUAUAAACCUGAAAUACCACAAGUUUACUGUGUAAUCACAAACUUUGUGAUAUCCAAGUGGUCAGUUGAGAGUGUGAGUGAGAAGGCUCUCUGCAGGUAAUUUGUAUUUAAGGCAUUUUUAUUUAAAUGAUUUAUGCUGAAAAUAAAGUAUAACAGUCAUGUGUAUAACCUUCUGCAUUACAUUUCUGUUACUUGGUGUGUGUUUUUACACUGAUUGUGUGAACCUCUUGAUCAAUCAGAAUAUUUGAUCAAACAGCAUGCUCCUGGUCCCAUGGGGGCCAGUUAAUAAAACGUUCGCUGUACUAAUUAAAUUUUGGAGUGAAACUCA